AAAAAGAACCUAAACAGAGGAGGAGGUGACAGAAAGAGGCGGAACCGUAGACGAAGCCUCGGACGGAACGAUACAGCAGAGAAGCCUUGGGCGGGGAGCGAUCGGAAGGGGGAGGGCGGAGAGAUGGGGAUCCGGUUCGUGCUGCUGGUGAACAAGCAGGGGCAGACGCGGCUGGCGCAGUACUACGAGCACCUCUCCCUCGACGAGCGCCGCGCCCUCGAGGGCGAGAUCGUCCGCAAGUGCCUCGCCCGCACCGACCAGCAGUGCUCAUUCGUGGAGCACCGGAACUACAAGGUCGUCUACCGGCGCUACGCCUCCCUCUUCUUCCUCGUCGGCGUCGACAACGAUGAGAAUGAGUUAGCCAUCCUCGAAUUCAUACAUCUUCUGGUGGAAACCAUGGACCGCCACUUUGGCAACGUGUGUGAGCUUGACAUCAUGUUCCAUCUGGAGAAAGUCCACUUCAUGCUCGAAGAGAUGGUGAUGAAUGGCUGCAUCGUGGAGACGAGCAAACAGAACAUAUUGGCGCCCAUCCAGCUUAUGGAGAAAACCUUGUAAAUAGUGUGUGAACUCAAGAGCGCCUAUGUGAUGCUUAGCCUUUUCCUCCCGCCUUUGCCAUAGAUUCGCCCUUUGUGUGGGGAGAAAUGCCAGACAAGUGCUGUAUGCAUGGGUGGCUGUGUUCACCCGACUGGAAAAUGUGAAAUGUCCUGUAAUGUUGAGAAUGAAGACCCCGUCAUUUUACUUGUCAGUUCUUACCUGUAACUACAGUUCUGUAAAAUAAUAGUGCUCGUGCUGCUUGUUCUAA